AUGAUGCGAAGUUGGAGCAUUUCCAAUGUCAAUGCCCGUGUUAGAGCUAAGAUGUCCAAAGAGUCUCAAAGCUUACUGACUGCGUAUUAUGCCACAUGUCUUAGUGUUACGUCUGCUCAAGUGAUUCAAAUCAUGCUAAGAGGUCGCACCAACAUGAUGGGCUAUUUGAGAGAACCGGAAAAGACCGAGUCAGCCAUUACAGAAGAUGGAUGGAUUCUAUCAGGUGAUGUUGGCUAUAUAGAUGACCAAGGGUAUAUUUACAUAAAUGGUCGCAUAAAGGAACUCAUUAUCACAGCAGGUGGUGAGAAUAUACCGCCAAACCACAUAGAAGCCUUAAUCAAAAAUGAAUUGCCUUGCAUAAGCAAUGCAGUGGCGGUAGGAGAUCAUAGGAAAUACAUCACAGUUCUGCUAACAUUUAAGACCUACAUAGAUCCCGAUACCGGUUACCCUUUGGAUGAACUUUUACCAGAAACCAUAGAAUGGCUACAGGGCUUAGAUCUUCACUACACCCAUCUUUCACAAAUGCUACAUAUCUCCUUACCGGAUACUCUUCAAGAUUUUGAUGUCAAUAGUGUGAACAUCCAACUCGAUGAGAAACUGCAAAAGGCUUUGGAAGAAGGCAUCGAACGAUCCAACUUAAAUGCCAUAUCAAAUGCUCAGAAAGUUCAAUAUUUUCGAGUACUGCCACAUGAUUUCUCUAUACCAACGGGAGAAUUUGGUAAUCAAAGACAUGAAGAACAUAAUGAUUGUGAUAACAACAUAUUGAUUUUUUAUUCUAUUCACAUAGGACCCACUUUGAAGAUUCGUCGCAACAUUGUUCAUCAAAAAUAUGCCCAAAUCAUUGACUCAAUGUAUAAACAGUGA